AUGAGGCAUCCAACCAAUGGGAAGGAGUACAGCUCCGCUAAAGAAAUCGCAUCGUCGGGACCACUGGAUGAGCUUCAACUACCGACAAAGGAGAUUGUGAUAGAAGUAGGGAUUCCCCUCCGGAGAUCAGUCGAACAGCCCAGGCAAAAUCAAGCCCCAUGUCAAAGCAUGCAACGGAGCUUCUUCCGUUCAUUCUUAUUGAACACACUGAAGGAGCUCCAACUACCAACACAGGGGAGCAAGGCGUAG